GGGGCACACAAAGUCCUUGAAACUAGCUAUACAGCUUAGUGCUCGCAUUUGGCAUUUCAGGGUUCAUCAAAGAGUUGAAAAUAUGUCAGCACAAGCAUUAAUGCUUAAUCCCGCUUCGCCAAACAAGGAAACCUGGAAAAAGGACCGUCCAACAGCUAGUUAUCAUCCUUGCCUUUGGAAGGAUCAUUUUCUUACUCAUUCUUCUGAGUUCCUGAAAAGUGAUGCAACAGCUCAACAAGAAUAUGAACAACUCAAACAGGAAGUUAGAAGGAUGCUCAAUGACACCAGCAGUGAUCGUCUGAAGAAGCUGCAUUUAAUUGACGCUGUCCAACUCUUAGGCGUUGAUUACCAUUUUGAGAGAGAGAUAGAUGAUGAAUUAGAAAGGAUAUCCCGUGAUGGUGCUAUUGACUCUGAUCUUUACUCUGUUGCUCUUUGGUUCCGACUACUCAGGCAACAGGGAAUAAAUGUUCCGUCAGAGGUAUUUAAGAAGUUUCAGGAUGAGAACGGAAAAUUCAAGGCAGAGUUAGCUGAUAAUGUCCUUGGUAUGUUGAACUUGUAUGAGGCCGCUCAUCUUGGCCUACCAGGAGAAGAUAUCCUCGAUGAAGCCAUUGCUUUCACAACAUCUAAGCUUGAAUCAAUUUCAACUCAAGUAAGCCCUCAGCUUGCAGAACAAAUAACCCGUGCCCUGAAUCGACCCAUUCGCAAAAACUUUCCAAGAUUAGAAGCAAGGCAUUACAUCUCUCUAUAUUCUAGAGGUGAUCAUUUCAAAUCCUCCAAUGGAGCACUGCUAAGAUUUGCAAAAAUAGACUUCAACAUGUUGCAAACAUUUCACCAGAAAGAGCUGCGCAGCAUUACUGAAUGGUGGAAAAAAUUGGACUUCACAACAAAGUUGCCUUUUGCAAGGGAUAGAUUGGUAGAGUGCUAUUUUUGGAUAAUGGAUAUCUACUUUGAGCCCAAAUACGCUGUUGCAAGAAUAUUUUUGACCAAAGUACUGAUAUUAACGUCAGUCAUGGAUGAUAUUUUUGAUAACUAUGGGACCUAUGAUGAGCUCAAACUCUUGACCAAAUGCAUUGAAAGGUGGGAUAUUAGUGUCAUAGAUCAACUUCCAGACUACAUGAAGUUGUUUUAUCAGGCACUGUUAGACAUUUACAGUGAAAUUGAGAAGCAGGUUGCAAAGGAAGGCAGAUCAUAUGCUGUACAUUAUGCAAAAGAAUCGAUGAAAGGAGUUGCCAAAGCUUACCUUGUUGAAUCAAAAUGGCGUGAAGAAGGAUAUAUUGCACCGUUGGAGGAGUAUAUGAAGAAUGGUCACUUUUCUUCUACUUAUCCAAUGCUCAUAACAAAUUCAUAUGUUGGAAAAUGCUACUUACACGCUCUCUACCCACUCUGUUACACCCUCGUUCACUCUCCAUUACUUCCGUUACUUUCGUUAAACUCCAAAGGUACCCAACCCAGCCUUUCUUUCUUUCUCCUUUCCUUUCUCCUUCCUGCUGUUAACCGUCUUCACCAGAUCCAUCUUCCUCCUCAGCUCCAUCCUCAUCCUAAUCAUCUGCAGCCUCAUUUUCCUCUUAUUCAUCAUGGUCAGUUUCACGGACACAAAGCAUGAAGCUGAGCAAGUGGGAACCUGCAAAGGAACCCAGAUCUGGUGUUGGGAGUGGGGAGAGAAAAUGAAAGGAUUUAGAGGUUGAAGAUAAGGAUUAAGGAACCCAGUAGCUUGGGGCAUUUUCAGAGCUUGGAGAACCCAUGUUUCUCCAAACUCUACCAAAGUGAGGUUCUAGGUGAUUAACCUAAUCAACCCAUUCUGUUUUUCUCCAAGUUGGCCAUGAACCAAGUUUGUUCGCCCAUUUACUCCAGUCGGGUUUCACUUGAAAGGAGAGGGGAUGAUCUAUUGGUUGUGGGUAAAGAGGAUUUAUGGCUGCGGGUGGGGGGAUGAUGAAAUUUAGGCCUAAAAUCAAAGAUUUCUGGUGAGGAAUAAAUGUUUGAUCGGCAUGGCAAGUCUGA